AGGAUUUUGGAACGUAGUCUUCUUUGCCGGUGCUUAUUGAUGAUGCCGAUAGAUUUGGCGGUUUAAUGGCUCCAUCCAUUAGCUUGCUUAUUUUCAAAAGAGGUUAUAUAGCUGAGGAUCCGUGAGGAUUUUUCGUGACGAAUUUUUGUAACAUUGCUCUACGUUAAAAACAAUCAGUCAAAAUGACGAUUGGCAAGAAUAAUAAGAUGCUGCAACAUAUUAAUUACCGAGUUAGAAUCAUUCUACAGGAUUCUAGAACAUUCAUAGGUACAUUCAAAGCUUUUGAUAAGCACAUGAACUUGAUACUUGGUGAUUGCGAGGAAUUUCGUAAGAUCAAACCGAAGAAUACAAAACAACCAGAAAGAGAGGAAAAGCGUGUGUUAGGUUUUGUACUUUUACGUGGCGAGAAUAUAGUCUCCUUGACAGUAGAAGGUCCACCACCUCCUGAAGAAGGAUUGCCCCGAGUACCGAUUCCAGGAGCAGCACCAGGACCGGGCAUGGCUCGUGCUACUGGUAGAGGUAUGCCUGCAAAUGUUGCGGGAGUACCGGCUGGAUUGCAAGGACCUGUGAGAGGCGUUGGAGGUCCAUCUCAACAAAUUAUGACACCUGGCAGCAGGGGACAAGUUUCAGCGCCACCUCAAAUACAUCCUGGUGGUCCACCACGUAUGCCAGUUGGUGGGCCGCCACCAGGUAUGAUGGGACCACCAGCUGGAAUGAUGGGUAUGCCUCCAGGAAUGCCGCCUAUUGGACGUGGUGGCCCACCGAUGGGACCACCUGGCAUGAGAGGUCCACCUCCAGGAUUGAUGCGUGGUGGUCCACCCCCUCGCCCGUAUUAACAAUUAGAUUAUUAAGAGAUAUUCAUGAAUGGAUGAACGCAUGAUUGUUUCUUUACAAAAGUAUAAAUUAAUAUUGUAUAAUUUUGGCACUUAUAUACAAUAAUAAUAUCAAUUAACACAAUUGGAAGUCAGAUUUUUACAAAUGAUUAAAUUAUCCUAUUUGUUCUGCAUAU